AUGGCCGCCACUGUAUCCGGCACAGAAGACUAUGAACGCUUUGCACAUAGCCGAGUAAUGAGUCCAUGCAGUGUCAAGAACAUCGAGAAGAAAUUGAGAAAAUUAUCGGCACAAUGUGUUUGGAAGCCAAAGCAGUCUGAUAACAAGCUAAUAAAGGAAUCUUUCACUGGAGACUCGAAGGAGCGCACUCCUGGGGAGAUGAUCGGACUACGACAGCAGUGCCAAAUUGCGUUUAGUCCUCAUUACGGCGUUUGUCCGAGCAAAGACUAUUUUCGUGGCGUCGAUCUAUGUCAUCGUAUUUGGUGCAAAGAUCGAACUAAAAAGAGAAGUGAGCCUUGCGAAACAAGAAGCUAUCUACCUGCUUUGGAUGGGACGGAAUGUGGCAAGAUGAAGGUAUCAAAACUCAUUUUUUCGACUUCAGCACUAACAAUCUUGUAUUACAUUGCCGCUACAGAAGCUGAAUUUGGCUCCUUAAGCAUCAAUACUGCUGACAAUCGAGCUUAGAG